AUGAAUGUAUUUAUUCAAAAGACAAAGGAAGCACUUGGAACCAAUUCAAUUCCAUCUGUAGAACAUCCCGAGACCAAUCAUCUUAAGGACACUGGAAAGAUUUUAAAGGCUGACUAUGAUGACCUAUUAUCAAAUACCCAUAGAUUUAUUAAUGCUAUUCAUGAUUUCCAAUAUAAAUGGGAAACAUUAACCUAUGUAAUAAAGUCAUUUGGUGUUGAACAAUUCACAGAUCCACAGCCGGUAUUGAGAAUUGCAGAGAUCAAUAGAGAGUUACAAUUGUUACUCUAUCCAAUUAUUCAAUCUGCCAAGUCUGGUUUGUAUGCCCAAACUGAAAAGGUCUAUAAAGGCGAUGUUGCACAAAUCAAAGUUGAGCAAUCCACUCUCGAUAGUCUACGUCUCAAAGCCGAUGCCUCACAAAGAAAGUUUAUUAAAUAUCAUGAAAAGAGACAUCCUAAUCCCGUAAAGUUAAGAAGAUAUGAAGAAGAAAGAGAUAAAGCAAAGAAGGAAUAUGAUGAAAAGUUCAAUGUCUAUUGUGAUUUGAUUCAUUCUCUCGAGUUGCAUAGUGAUGGUGUUGUGGUGGAGAACGUACAACGUCUCAUCGAUGAACUAAAGAUCUACUUCUCUGAGGGCUAUAGAAUCAUCGACAAGUUCUACAGAGAGGAGUUCUUGUCAUAUCCCGAUACACUCACAGUCAACUCUAACAUUGAGAGAAUUGCAAUGUCAUCCAUGGAAGGUGAGAGACUUGACAAGACUUUAGAGAGACCACUCCAACCAAUUGAAUAA